AUGUUGGUGAUCAUUUGGUUGCUGAUCAAUUUUUGCGCCUGUCAAUAUCUCGAGAAACCGCUGAGCAGCGCCGUUGUUCAAGAUGUCCAGGAGGUUUGGCCCGAUGUGAGGACUGCAUUUUAUUUUUUCGAAAAAAAAACUGUGAAUUUUACAGAAAUCAGUAGAAAGAGCAACAUUACCACCAUCUAUAAUGAGCGGCUACAUUUCCGAUUCCAUGAUUCGAUCAUUUGCAAGUUUGUUUUUAACUUUACUUUGUGGGAGAAUAAACCUAAGAUUGAUAAAAAUGUGACCCGUGGGAGAAAACCGCAAGAGCUGGAAAUGGGAGUUUCAAGACUAAUUUUUGAAAAAAAAAGUCAAGUAAAAUAUCUGAUUCAAAUUGAACUGAAACCCUUAUCUUCAUCAUUUUUCUUGAAACUUUUUUCUUUUUUUUUUCAUAUGCGGUUUUUCUUGCUCAAAAUUGUAAGCAGAUUUCAAGUGUAAGACUGCUUUUACUGAGAAAUAACAAUUCAAGUUUGUAACUGAGGAUUCUUCUUUUCUCCCCCUUUUAAAUAACUUUAAAUGGCCGAGCUAGUUUAUCACUAGAGAAAGGUGAACCCCUAGGUGAAAUAAAGUGAUCACUUAAGUGGCCUGCCUAAUCUUCGAACCAAUGUGGUAACAACAUUACAGACUACAUAUUCUCACUUCUUGACGGCACCGGGACGGUGAUAAAGAAGAAGCGCGUGAAGGCGACGUCUUCAACCUUCGAAGACUAUUCCGACGCCGUCCUCAAAAUGGAGCCGGAGACGGUCUUCGUACCUGAGUUGAAUAUCAGAAGGAAACCGUCGAAAGGCCCACUUGUCUUUGGCGAAGUCUUCCGGAAGACCAAAUCGUGGGGCGUUUCGAGGAAAAAGCUUCCGAGAGGCAUGUCCCACGCCAAGCCGAUGCCUCCUCCACUUUCGAGAGUCCGGAUCCGUGGCACCAAUAACGCGCCUCAUGAUUUCUUAAUUUCAUCACUUCUGUUAGGAAAAUUGACUGAAAACACUGUUAAUUAA